UUUAAACAAAGUAAAAAAAAAGUUCUUUAAAUUUAAUAUGUAAUAUAUAAAAGAACAGGUUAACUAUGUUCAUCAGGAAUAUUUUUACAUUUAAUAUUUAAAAAUUUUCUUUUAUUAGCUUCAUUCAAUGUUUUAUAUUGGCAUGUGGAGGAUUAACAAUAAAAACCAUCUCUUAUUAAUCUAAUACUACCCCUAGGCAAUAGAUCUUUUAUUUAUAUCACCACAUUUUUUGUUAUAUGUUAUGUACUCCCGCCCCAUACAAAAAGCUAAUAAUAAGUCCCGCCGUAUAUAAUUUUUUUUCGUUAAGAAGUACCAUGAAACAAUUUUUAUUUUCCUGUGUUGUUUUUUUACUGAUUCUACCUCGCGUUCUCUAUGGAAUUCAUGUAGCUAAAACACAUGCCAGCCUUCAACGCCAAAUUUCACCUCCUACAGGCGAUCAGAAAGAAGAAAUUUCUGAGUUCCCCUCUAGAAAUCCUUGGAAUACUAUAAUACAACCCAUUGUCAACUUAACUCACCGAAUUUUUUCUCGUCCGGAGAACAAUACCUUAGACGAUAGUAUUUCCAAACUUAAUGUGUCAUUAGAUAAUUACGAGAAACAUGAAAGAAAAAAGGAGGAGCGAGAAGCUAAAAAUAGAGCAAUACCUCCUUUAUCUAAGCAAGUAGACGAAGCGUCUUCUACUGAAGAGGCAGAACGUAAAAUUUUGAAGGUGCUUGGAUUAGAGGAAGAUUACGUCAAACAAUAAAAAUAUAUGUUUUGGUAAAAACAUUAUUACGUUAUGACAAUAGUACAAAAUUAAAUGCAGUUUAUUUUUUACACCAAAAUUUUGUUUAUAAUCUUAUUCUGUCAUAUUUUUACUAUGGGAAAUCCAUUUUUUUAUUUUUAAAUUUCUUUUAACAAAUUGCAUCAUUUUAUAUGCAUGGUGACGUUGUUUUAAAAAACAAGGAAUAGCGUUUUGUUUAGAUUCAACGAGUUUUUCAAGGCGGGUUUCAGUAGUCUACGUUUUUCAUGUACAAGAAAAUAUUGUUUUACGAGAUAUUUGACUUAAAUCUAUUGUGAUACUCAUUUUUUUUAUCUAUUCAGGUUUAACUUGCGCGUUUUCAGAAAAUAAAAAAAAAGUCAAUUUUAUUUGUUUAAUGUUAAACAUGUUUCCAAACAACAAAAAAACCAACACAGACCAACUUGUUAUAAAAUAGAAUGUGCUACAUUUUACAAUUCGGAUUCUUAUCGAAAUUAGCUUAAGUUGAUUUGGUAAAAUAUUUUAGUAAAAUUUCCAAUAGCUAAACUUAAAGUAUAAUUUCUUUCACAGAAAACCUAUGUAUACGAAAAUUUGUUGUAAAUCCAUUACUAUGAAAUGAAUUUCAAGAAUCGACGCUAAAAUUUUUGUUUGAAAAGUAGAAAAAUAAAACAUUUUGAAUCUUCGUUUAUCACUUAAUUUUUAGCCUCAUUCUAUCGAUUUGAAAAUAUAUGAACAGUAGUUUAGGUAACUAUAACGAGUAAAAAUGGUGGUCAAUGCUUUUUUUACAAAAGAGUUUGAGUUUGUCUAACUCCGUUGAUUUCGUAUCAAAAGUCGAUGACGACGUGACUAUAUACACUUUUUAUAUUGUUAUAAAGCGUGGUGAUAAUUUUCAUUUAUUAGAAAUUAAGUAACGAUUACUGUGUAAAAUUGGAGCAAUCGUAAUUUUGUCACCCUACUAUAGAAAUGAAUUAUUUGUACGCUAAUACAGUUUGUGACUCCGAAAAGGUAUUUGAAGAAAGUGAUAAUUAUGACGUGGAAGCAGCGUGCAUACCAUUACACCAGCAUAAACAAGUAAUUUUGUAUCCGGCGUGUUUGAUCUCUGGAACCAUGUUAAGAGGUGGAACAUGUGGACAAUGGUUAACGGUCGUUAUAGAUUUUGUGAGCUUGGACUUUUCUUAUACUCCCCCCCAAAAAGAACAGUAUAUUAUGAGGGCAGCAAUUUUAACAUCUUUAUCGGAAGUGGAUGGAACUCACAACGAAACUGAGGUUGAAGAAGUCGAAUUGACUCCAUGUAGUUGGUUUGUGGGAAACAAAAAGCGACAGCGUGUUAGUGCACAAUGUCGUUUUUUUCAGGCUGGAAAAUAUUCUCUUCUUUUUUUUUGUCGACCAAAAAAAAAACAAUUAUCAACAUGGCCAAAAAACUAUACAAAAUUAAUAGGUCAAGGAGAGUAUGUGAUAAAUUUGACACCUGGUCCUGCGUAUGGCGAAAUGUGCAGUUUAAACCGGGGAGAAUACGAGGACGAAAAAUACGUAAUUCUAUGUGAAACUAAUAUAGAACAGAGUAUUCUGUUGUUUACCAAAGAUAUAUACGGAAAUAAUUGCACUACAGGAGAUGCUAAAGUAAGUUGCAUCGGAAUCGGGAAUGUUCAGGUUACUUCCGUAAUGAAUCGACAAAAUGGCGAGUAUGAACUACGGUUUAUAACAAAGAGCAAGGAUACUGCAUUAAAAAUAACUAUCAAUGGUCAUUUAAUGGAGAAAGGUUGCAUAUACCUUCGGAAUGUUUCUUCUAAAACAAGAAAGAUAAAUUCAACAGUAGUCUUUUCUCCGCAGAUGAGUCGCCCUCAACUAGAACGGUUUCUUCUCGAAUUCUCGUCAAGAAUGUCAAAGCAUUUUACUUUUGACCCUUCCUCACUUCAUGACGGUGCUAUUCAAAAUCAUAUAUUAAAAAAUGGUUCUUUCCCAGCUCAACUCAAUAAACUUGCAUGCUGUCAAGAAACCUUAAGAUUUAUGUAUCAAACAAUAAAACGUCUUCUUAAUGUAAAGGAUCCUAGAGCAGUGAAAAACAUUCAUGAUAAAGCUUUAGAUGACGAAACGCUUAUGUCUUCUUCAAAUGAAUUGGAGAAAUUGAGAGAAGAAAUUGUUUGUGAAGAAAAACAUGUUGAAACAAUGUUUUAUAAAAUAAUUCACGAUGAUUCCAUUGAAACAGCGCUUUUUUUUAAUCCGACAGAUACUGAAGGAAAACUACAAAGUCACGAAGAAAAAAAAGAUUUUUUACAAAAGCUAGAAGCGACAUUAGAAGAUCGUUUAAUAGAUUUGAAAACACGUCUCGAUUUGUACUGCAAAAAAAGAGAAUCUUUAACCAAGCGAAUUUGUGAGACUAUUGACUCAAAUGUCUCCCAUUUGAAACGACAAGAAAGAGCCUAUGCGUUAUUACAAAAAAAGAUUCUCAAAGCACAGCUUGUAACGAAAAAAAAACAAAAAAGAAGAGAGGACUUGGGAGGAAGUACACUACCAGCUAUUAUCGCUCAACAAGCUAACUCUAUGCGUGAUGAUAUGAUCGAACACGUUCGAACGUAUCAAGUUCAGAACAGGUUACCAAUUGUCGCUGAAGGAAAAGAAGAGACUUAUAAACCACAACGGUUCUUACAAAGCUCAAGUAGUAACUUUCCAUCAGAUCCAAAAAGUCCAGCUUUUUGGAUUGCUAAAGGAAGCUUGCAAAAGCAUCUAAAACGUCCUUCAACUGAAAGAAUUUUACCAACAAACAAUACAAAAAUGUUUAUCGUUCAAAAUUAUUGUCGUGGUCUUGAGCAAAAUUUUUUUUUAUAAUCUUGGGUUUUUAUUAAAAAAUUAAAAACAAUUGUUUUUUCAAUAUUAAAAAGAAAUUGUUUUUAAACAUACAAAAUUGGUUUUUUUUUUAUUUUAUUGCUCGAAAUACAAUUUUUAAAGUCGAAUUAAUUUAUUUUAUGUAAUG